AUGCCUGAACUGGUGGUUCCAAUAGGGCUACCAACAGGGCCUCAUAGCCAAGCCUCUCACCGUCUUGAAGCCAAGCUCAGCCGAAGAUCCCCUGGCCUCUGCAGGGAGGCGAACAGGGCGAAGGCGGCAGCAGGGGCGCUGGUGGUGCAUCAGGCGACAAAGGCACUUGUGCCCACGGCGAGUGGGGAGAAGAAGGAGUACAUGCCGAGCGCGCAGCUGGCCAAACGGCUCCCCAGCGCCUGGCCGCGCCCAGUGUGGCACGCCCCAUGGAAGAUGUACCGUGUUGUGGCCGGCAACCAGGGAUGGGUGCGGUGCCUGGCGUUUGACAGCAGCAACGAGUGGUUUGUGACCGGCUCGGCCGACCGCACCAUCAGGGUGUGGGACCUUGCCAGCGGCCAGCUGAAGCUCACCCUCACCGGCCACAUCGAGCAGGUGACGGGGGUGGCGGUGUCCUCAAGGCACCCCUACAUGUUCUCCUGCGGCCUCGACAAGAUGGUCAAGUGCUGGGACCUGGAGACCAACAAGGUGAUCCGGCAGUACCACGGGCAUCUGAGCGGUGUGUACGCGCUGGCGCUGCACCCCACGCUGGACGUACUGAUGACGGGCGGCCGAGACAGCGUGUGCAGGGUGUGGGACAUGCGCACCAAGGUGCAAGUGCACUGCCUGUCAGGCCACGAUGACACGGUGGCAUCCAUCCUGACCCAGCCCACAGAUCCCCAGGUGAUCACAGGGUCGCAUGACAAGACUGUGCGGCUGUGGGACAUUCGCUCCAUCAAGGCCAAGACAAUGGCCACACUCACCUACCACAAGAAGUCGGUGCGAGCGCUGGCGAUGCACCCGAGCGAGUACGCGUUCGCGUCGGGGAGCGCGGACAACAUAAAGAAGUUCCGGCUGCCCAUGGGCGAGUUCCUGCACAACAUGCUGCAGAACCAGCGCGCCAUCAUCAACUGCGCCGCCAUCAACGAGGACGGAGUCAUGGCCACCGGCGCAGACAAUGGCUCCCUCUGGUUCUGGGACUGGAAGAGCGGCAAUAGUUUCCAGCAAGGGCAGACAAUCGUGCAGCCGGGAUCGCUGGAGAGCGAGUCGGGCAUCUUCGCGGCCGGCUUUGACAUGUCCGGCACGCGCCUGCUCACCGCCGAGGCCGACAAGACGAUCAAGUUCUGGAAGGAGGACCCUAACGCCACCCCCGAGACCCACCCCAUCAACUUCCGCCCACCCAAGGACAUCCGCCGAUACUGA